UCCUACUACUUUGAUUUUGGAACCCCUGGAUUGAUCCCCUGAUUUCCUUGUCUUUUUCCUAAAAUUUUUCUUUGUAUUUGUGCUCUAUUAUCUGAUGUAUUUUUUCAACUUCAUGUUCCAACUCUUGUAUUGAAAGUUUUCUUGUAACAUCUCUUUAAUUUCCAAGAGUUCUAUCUUAUUCUUUAAAAGUUCCAGGUUUAUAGCAUUCUGCUUUUCUUUUUGUCAUGGAUACAAUUUUUUUUUCUAGUCCACUUGAAGAUGUUAAUUAUAUGGUUUUCAAGUGGUUCUUUGGCUGCUUGCAGUGCUCCUGUUUUCUUGGACUUUGUCUUUUCCUGUUUGUUUUGGUCUGUGUCAUUCUGGUGAUUCUGCUGGCCAUCAUAAUUUGGAGUGGAGCUGCUAAACAGCUGUUUGACAGCCUGGACUUCUUGAAUGCUAGACUCAAGGUGGGCAAUUGGGUGGAGUCCUAACUAUUUUGUUAAAGAUCUCCAAAAUGUCAGAAUCUUUAAGUCCUCCAGUCUCCUACCUGGAGUGUGUAAGCUUCAUUACUGUUCUAGGAGAGGGCUGAGUGGCUCACUAUUUUUAAUUAAAUCCUUUUUUCCCCCAGUGAAAUGACAUCUUCCUGCUCUCAACUAUCCAAGGGCCAUCUGAGUUAACUCUUCCAUCUUCUGGGAUAGGGGAGCCAUUCUAGGAGACUGAACCUAGGAGCGAGAUCUGAGGGUUUAACUUAGUCCUUAUGAAGAUUUUCAACCAACUCUCCUGUUUUCGGCCCCAUCCUCUAUCCUGGUGUUCAGUUAUGAAGGUGGAGGAGGAAAAGGCUGGGGUAGGGAAGCUGGACCCCCCUAACUACAGGAGGCGAUGUCAGGAUCAGGAAGACUGCCGUUCCAUCCACAUUGGGCUUUCAGUCCCCAGUUACCCUCACAGGAAAAGAGACCCGAAGGGACAUCUUUCAGGCCUGCAAAAGGUCCACUGGGGCUUGCGGCCAGAGAAGCCGCAGCAAGGGCUGGCCAGUGCCUGCAGCACUGUGGAUCAUGUCAUCAGGACACGGUCUCCAGCUGCUGAGCAGCUCCAGGACAUCCUGGGGGAGGAAGAUGAGGCUCCCAACCCCACCCUCUUCACAGAGAUGGACACUCUGCAGCACGACGGAGACCAGAUGGAGUGGAAGGAGUCGGCCAGGUGGAUAAAAUUUGAAGAAAAGGUAGAGGAAGGAGGCGAGCGCUGGAGCAAGCCCCAUGUGUCCACACUGUCCCUGCACAGCCUCUUUGAGCUCCGGACCUGCCUGCAGACGGGGACGGUGCUGCUGGAUUUGGACGGCGGCUCCUUACCACAGAUCAUAGAUGAUGUCAUUGAAAAGCAAAUCGAGGACGGCCUCCUUCGGCCAGAGCUCCGAGAGAGGGUCAGCUACGUCCUACUGAGGAAACACCGUCACCAAACCAAGAAGCCCAUCCACCGCUCCUUGGUUGACAUUGGAAAGUCAGUCUCCUCCACCACCAAUCGCAGCCCAGGCCGGAGCCCCGCGGCGGGUCCCAGCCUACACCACUCCACCGAGGACCUGAGGAUGCGGCAAAGCGCAAAUUACGGCCGCCUGUGUCACGCCCAGAGCAGAAGCAUGAAUGAUAUUUCUCUCACCCCAAAUACAGACCAGCGGAAAAACAAAUUCAUGAAGAAGAUCCCCAAGGAUUCAGAAGCCUCCAAUGUGCUCGUGGGCGAGGUGGACUUCCUGGACCAGCCAUUCAUUGCCUUCGUGCGUCUCAUCCAGUCAGCCAUGCUGGGAGGAGUGACCGAGGUGCCUGUCCCCACCAGAUUUCUGUUCAUACUGCUGGGACCUUCUGGGAGAGCAAAAUCCUACAAUGAAAUUGGCCGUGCCAUUGCAACCCUCAUGGUAGACGACCUCUUCAGCGACGUGGCCUACAAGGCCAGGAAUCGGGAGGAUCUGAUCGCAGGGAUUGAUGAGUUUCUAGACGAGGUCAUCGUGCUCCCCCCUGGAGAGUGGGACCCAAAUAUCCGAAUUGAGCCACCCAAGAAGGUGACUUCUGCUGACAAGAGGAAAUCCGUGUUCUCCCUGACUGAGCUAGGUCAGAUGAACGGCUCUGUGACGGGAAGCGGCGGAGGGGCUGGAGGCGGCGGCGCUGCAGGCGGCGGCGGCAGUGGGGCCGGCGGAGGGAGCAGUGGGGAUGAUGGAGAGAUGCCAACCGUGCACGAGAUCGGGGAAGAGCUCAUCUGGACAGGAAGGUUCUUCGGUGGCCUGCGUCUGGAUGUCAAGAGGAAGCUGCCCUGGUUCCCAAGUGACUUCUACGAUGGCUUCCACAUUCAGUCCAUCUCUGCCAUCCUAUUCAUCUACCUCGGCUGCAUUACCAACGCAAUCACCUUUGGUGGGCUUCUGGGGGAUGCCACUGACAACUAUCAGGGAGUGAUGGAGAGUUUCCUGGGCACUGCCAUGGCUGGCUCCUUGUUCUGCCUCUUCUCGGGACAGCCUCUCAUCAUCCUCAGCAGCACAGGGCCCAUCCUCAUCUUCGAGAAGCUCCUCUUCGACUUCAGCAAAGGCAAUGGCCUGGACUACAUGGAGUUCCGCCUCUGGAUUGGCCUACACUCAGCUGUCCAGUGCCUUAUCCUGGUGGCCACAGAUGCCAGCUUUAUCAUCAAGUAUAUCACCCGCUUCACUGAGGAGGGCUUCUCCACCCUCAUCAGUUUCAUCUUCAUCUAUGAUGCCAUUAAGAAGAUGAUUGGUGCCUUCAAGUACUACCCCAUCAACAUGAACUUCAAGCCUGACUCUAUCACCAUCUACAAAUGCGAGUGCGUCGCCCCUGACACAGCGAACACAACCGCAUUCAAUGCUUCAGCCACGUCGCCACCCAACACCAACACUUCUCUGUACAACCCCCUUAACCUCACAGCGUUGGACUGGUCCCUGCUGAGCAAAAAGGAGUGUUUGAACUAUGGUGGGCGCCUACUUGGGAAUUCCUGCCAGUUCAUCCCAGACUUGGCACUCAUGUCCUUCAUCCUUUUCUUCGGGACAUACUCCAUGACCCUGACCCUGAAGAAGUUCAAAUUCAGCCGCUAUUUCCCUACCAAGGUUCGGGCCCUAGUAGCUGACUUUUCCAUCAUUUUCUCCAUCCUGCUGUUCUGUGGAAUUGAUGCCUGUUUUGGCCUGGCAACCCCCAAGCUGCUCGUGCCCAGCGUCAUCAAGCCCACGCGGCCUGAUCGAGGCUGGUUCGUGGCCCCCUUUGGGAAGAACCCAUGGUGGGUGUACCUGGUAAGCAUCCUGCCCGCCCUGCUGGUGACCAUCCUGAUCUUCAUGGACCAGCAGAUCACGGCCGUCAUAGUCAACCGGAAGGAGAACAAGCUGAGGAAGGCUGCUGGCUACCAUCUGGACCUGUUCUGGGUGGGCAUCCUCAUGGCUCUCUGCUCCUUCAUGGGGCUCCCCUGGUACGUGGCUGCCACGGUCAUCUCCAUCGCCCACAUCGACAGCCUCAAGAUGGAGACGGAGACCAGCGCCCCCGGGGAGCAGCCGCAGUUCCUGGGGGUCAGGGAACAGAGAGUGACCGGCACCAUUGUCUUCAUCCUGACAGGGAUCUCUGUCUUCCUGGCUCCCAUCCUGCAGUACAUCCCUUUGCCAGUGCUGUAUGGAGUCUUCCUCUACAUGGGUGUGGCCUCCCUGAAUGGCAUCCAGUUCUGGGAUCGCUGCAAACUCUUCCUGAUGCCGGCCAAGCACCAGCCGGACCAUGCCUUCCUGCGGCACGUGCCCCUGCGCCGGAUCCACCUCUUCACCCUGGUGCAGAUACUGUGCUUGGCUGUGCUCUGGAUCCUCAAGUCUACGGUGGCCGCCAUCAUCUUCCCAGUCAUGAUCCUGGGCCUCAUCAUCGUUCGAAGGCUUCUGGACCUCAUCUUCUCCCAGCAUGAUCUGGCCUGGAUUGACAACAUCCUUCCAGAGAAGGAGAAAAAGGAGGCAGAUAAGAAGAAAAGGAAAGGGGCCCAUGAGCACAGUGAAGAGGAGCCCCAGUUCCCUCCUCCCUCAGUUAUAAAGAUUCCCAUGGAAAAUGUCCAAUCAGAUCCCAAAAACGGUAUCCACUGCGUUGCCAGACAAAGAUCUUCCAGUUGGAGUUACUCACUCUGAUUCCUCCUUCAGUGAUUCAGAACUCGACCGAAGCAUCACCCUGCACUUCAAAAUCUCCUGUCCAGCUUCACCUGCCUUCAGCUACUCACAGAGCCCAGUCUUCAUGGUGCCACAGGUGAAGAUAGAGAUGGAGCCAGACUGUG